AUGGUCAAAUCUCUUCUCACUGCCAUUACCACGACUGUUGCCAUGGACGGCAGCGUCAACGACGAGAUACAGGGCAUCGAAGAAGAUAUCCGGCAGAUUGCCGUAGAUAAUCCGCACUUGGCGAAAUGGUUCACGGCCACUCCAGAGCUCAUGCAGAAGAAGCGAAAACAAAAGGAGAAGAAGGACAAGAAGAAAGCCUCCAAAGCAGCCUCGAAGACGACGAACAGCACCCCCCUUCCCUCCUCCAGUCAUGUGGAGGAACCUGCCGACGACUCAUCGACUCACUCAAGCGAUGACGAUGACGACAAACAGUCAACCAAAAAAGAGAACGAGUGCCCUGCCAAGAAGACGAAGACUCUCACCAAUAUCACCGCAUACAUCAAAAUCAAUCGCCCACCGCGCACUCUCAAGGACAAGCCAGAGCCAUUAUCGCGAGGACCUUUUUUCUUCACUCUCAGCACCCCACGCAUCGAAUUCCUACAGUCCCUCACAUCUUGUUCUGUUGAAGGCUCGUACGCACCAACAAUCACAUCAAUCAACCAGGAACAACUCUUUUGGAAGCAGCAGGUACCGGCAAACGACAAGAAGAAGCUGCUCACAAAUGAGGUGGGCUACAAAGCCAUGAUAGCGAAGCUUGAGGAGUUGACGAAGAAAGGGAAGGACACAACAAUUACCUUGUCACUUCCCCCUCUUUCGAAGGUUGCGGCAAUGCAGGUAGUUUCAGUACCUCCCACCGCUGUCCCUCAACCGGCUCUCAACCAACAAUUUCAACCUUACGGCGGCUAUCCACAUCCGCACUAUUUUCCGCCACCGUAUCCUUACCCCAUGCUUCCCCUUUAUAAUCCCCAUCCUGCCAACAACGUAUAUCCCAACCAAUACCCUGAUGCUCCACACCCGGCCCCCGCUCCUUUCCUGAACGUGCCCUUGAACCCCACACAUGCCCCAAAAUUGAACCAUGCAUACGCCCAAGGUGUUAGGCCCCGAACUCCAGGCAUUCUACAUGACGCUGCUCCUGGAUCUGCCCCUGGCUCACCACUGAAAGUGAUCCUUCCACGCCCGAUCUCUCUGGAGGAAUUCUGCAUUCACUAUGCAGUCGACAAUGAGGAUCAGGCUCGAUUGGCAAAACUGAAGGUGCAGCCGGGGGAUCGACGUGUGGAGAAGUUGGAUCGUGAGGAUUGGCAGGGGCAUGCAGGCUUCGCAAAGCUUGCCUGGGAAGAUUUCCUUGCCAAACACAAGACAUUUAUCUCUGACGUGAAGUCCAGAAAAUGGGAUUCCAUCACCGACCAGUUUUUCGACACUCGUUCUCAUGUUAUGUACCCCGCAUGCCUAAACCAACUCUGUGCCAUCUCAGCUGUAAUGCAUCCACAAGCCUCCAUCAAAGCCAUUUCGGGGUGA